UUUCAGACAAUAGUCCUUAUUUCAUACAUCAGCCUUCAGUUUAAGACAUAGCGGCGCUGCCAAAAGAGCCACCGUGUGUCCCAACUCCCAAGCAGUUUGGAUGCCGUACGAUUGGUCCAUAGAGCCAAUAAUCACGCCGGAGUAGAACCCUGUAAAACUGCACAGCAGGAUACGUAAUACUGAAACCGUGAUUCUCACCCCAUUAUCCGACCACAAGUUCUCAGGGAGAGAGAGAGAGAGACGGAGAAGAGAUAUGCCGGGGGAGAGCUCAGGGUACAAAGAUUACGUAGCAGGAAUGUUAGCCGGAGUUGCCACUGUGCUUACCGGUCAUCCAUUUGACACAGUCAAGGUAAAUCUCCAGAAACAUAACACUUCUAGCGAUGGUAUAAAGUACAAGAAUGGAUUGCAUUGUGCUGCUAGGAUAUUGAAGGCCGAAGGAGUGAAAGGCCUAUACAGAGGAGCAACAUCUUCUUUUGUUGGAAUGGCUUUUGAAAGUUCCUUUGCUUUUGGCAUUUAUUCACAGACAAAAAGGUUCCUUCAGGGAGAAAUUGGUGAUGGGAAGCCAAAGCCUCAUGUAAUUGUUCCAUCAGCGGCAUUUGCUGGAGGGACUAUCAGCUUCAUACUGUGCCCCUCAGAGCUGCUUAAGUGUAGGAUGCAAAUUCAGGGCAUAGAUUCUCUUCUACCAAACUCAGCCAGAUACAGUGGUCCUCUUGAAUGUGCGAUUGGAACUGUAAAAACUGAGGGGAUUACUGGCAUAUUUAGAGGAGGCUUUGCUACCUUGUUAAGAGAAUCCGUGGGAAAUGCUAUCUUCUUUAGCACAUAUGAGUAUGUACGUUAUCAGAUGCAUCUUCAAUUGAAAGGGGCUUCAUCUAAGUCAAAUCAAUUGGUUGAUGUGGGAGUUGGAAUAAUAAGUGGUGGCCUUGGUGGUAUAGCGUGCUGGUGUACUGUUCUGCCAUUGGAUGUCGCAAAAACUAUAAUCCAAACUACCCCUGAUAAAAACCAGACACGAAAUCCUUUUCAGAUUUUACAAACGAUUUACAGGCUAUCCGGUAUUCGAGGAUGCUAUACAGGUCUAGGUCCUACUCUGGUUAGGGCUUUCCCAGCUAAUGCUGCUGCCAUAGUUACAUGGGAGCUAUCUGCAAAGAUUUUAGGGAUGAGGCGUGAUUAAUGAGAAAUUGUUUGCCAACACUUUUUAGGAUUCUUUUUAGCCUUUUGUCAUCCGAAGGCGUGGUUUGAUUUGAUUUGUCAUCAGAAGGUC